ACUUCACCUUCAAAUAUUCCCUCUAGCCUAGGCAUAAAGCUUUAAAUAUCUCCACAAACUGCUAUCACAUUCCACCAAGAACAAAACCGAUCACGGCUCCAAAACAACCUUUUAGAGUGACCUUGAAACUUUAACUUGUAUAUUUUCUUAAAUCUUUUUACAAAGGGAAGAAGAUCAAAGAUGUCGAGCACUGCCUCUCAGGUGAUACGCUGCAAAGCUGCUGUGGCAUGGGAGCCCGGGAAACCACUGGUGAUACAAGAAGUAGAGGUGGCACCACCGCAGGCAAGUGAAGUUCGUUUGAAAAUUCUUUUUACCUCUUUGUGCCAUACUGAUGUCUACUUCUGGGAAGCCAAGGGUCAGAACCCAUUAUUUCCUAGGAUUUAUGGCCAUGAAGCAGGCGGGAUUGUGGAGAGUGUUGGUGAAGGUGUGACAGAACUCAAACCUGGUGACCAUGUCCUGCCUGUGUUCACAGGGGAAUGCAUGGAUUGUGCUCACUGCAAAUCAGAAGAGAGCAACAUGUGUGACUUGCUCAGGGUUAACACUGACAGGGGUGUAAUGCUUAACGAUGAGAAAACAAGAUUUUCAAUCAAUGGGAAGCCUAUUUACCAUUUUGUUGGGACUUCCACUUUCAGUGAGUACACUGUGGUUCAUGCUGGCUGUGUUGCCAAGAUCAACCCCUUGGCUUCUCUUGACAAAGUUUGUGUUCUCAGCUGUGGAAUAUCCACAGGACUGGGUGCUACUCUUAAUGUUGCAAAACCUCCCAAGGGCUCAACGGUGGCUGUCUUUGGAUUGGGAGCCGUGGGACUUGCAGCUGCUGAAGGGGCCAGGAUUGCUGGUGCUUCAAGGAUUAUUGGUGUUGAUAUUAACUCAAAUAGAUUUGAAGGAGCAAAGAAAUUUGGCGUGACACAGUUUGUGAACCCAAAAGACUACAAGAAGCCAGUUCAGGAGGUGAUUGCUGAGAUAACCGAUGGUGGAGUGGACAGAAGCAUUGAAUGUACUGGAAAUGUGGAUGCUAUGAUCUCUGCAUUUGAAUGUGUCCAUGAUGGCUGGGGUGUUGCUGUUCUUGUGGGGGUGCCACACAAAGAUGCUGUGUUCAAGACUCACCCCAUAAAUUUGUUGAAUGAGAGGACUCUCAAAGGUACCUUCUUCGGGAACUACAAACCCCGUUCCGAUCUUCCGUCAGUGGUGGAAAAGUACAUGAGCAAGGAACUUGAACUAGAGAAAUUCAUAACACACUCAGUCCCAUUCUCUGAGAUCAACAAGGCUUUUGAAUACAUGCUUAAAGGCGAAGGCCUUCGAUGCAUCAUCCGUAUGGAGUAGAGGUAGAACAGCGAGAGCGUGAAAAGGAGUCAAUAAAACGUCGUCAGUCUUUACGACAUUUGUGUGCUUCAAUAUCUCAGUGUCAAAUGUUUGUUAUGGCCUCUGAGUAGAGCAUGUUAAAAUCCUGGUUUUAUGCACAUGGAUGCUAAAUACUACUUAACUAUUAAUAAAUCCCACCUGCAAGUAUCAUCCAUUGGUUUUGGUUU